UUUUGUUUGUAAAAAGAAAAAAGGAAUAAAAGCCUUUUUUUAAAAAAUAUCAUCACUUAAAAUUAUUGAUUAAUAUUUUUCGUAAUCAUAUUAUCAAUUAUUACAUAAUUAUUCAGUCAACCCAUAGUAAAGAGAAACACAACGAACUCGUUACAGUCAAAGAUAUGUUAUAUAAUUGAAUGAAUGAAAAGAAAAAAAUUGUCGUUUACUCACCAACAUUUUGCAAAUAAAUUAUGUUUUUCACUUAUCAACUUUCAGGUUUCACAUCCAACAUUUAUGACAUAACUCCGCAUCUUUUUACUUACAGGAGGAGUAUUUCUUGGAAAAAGUAUAAAACCUCACAAUUUCCAUUACUCAAUUCACACAAUGGGGUCUCGGACUUGGUUUAAGAAGAAAUCAAUAUUUGUUGGUUUCUCGUCCUUAUAAAUCCCUGCUCGAAACUUCGGAACUAUUUCAUUUCUCUUACAUGGAUUGUGGCACAAUUUCAUUUUCUCUCGGAAAGAAAAUAAUUAAACAAAAGUAAUCCCUGAUUACUUACAUGUCUACAUAAGGAAUUAUAACGCAAUUGUCUGGAUUUUUAAAGAAAUUCCAACGAUAAGUAAAACUGACUCAAAUCCCUUUGUUUCGUAUUCGUUCAAAAUGAAACGAUCCCCUAAUCAACCCGGGGUGAACCAUCACUUGGCUCCAGCGUCAUCACCACUGACAGAUACAAAAAUGAAAUUUCUACGAAUUAUUUUAAUCAACAAACAAUAUUUAAACGAAGGAAAAUGGUACUAUGCCGAAAUGAGCAAAGAGAAGGCACACCACAUUCUAUUAAAUACCGAAAAUGGAACCUUUCUCUUACGGAACAGUUUUAAUUCAGAGAAUGUGUUUGCAUUGUCGGUGAAAACCUUCGACAAAGUGAUCAGUACCAAAAUAAUUUCCCGCUACAAUUUCUUCCAUUUAGAUUGUGUCAAAGAAGCCCAAAAUAAAAUACCUCUUUUUCAAACUGUUAUUGAACUUGUACAAUUUUAUUCCAAUCGUUGUUCAAAAGGACCCCGGCAUGAAAGAGGGAUUCAAAACCAUUGGUGUUGGUUCGAUAGCUCUGUCAACAAGCACAUACCAAUCAUUCUGGAAAUUCCAUUAAGACACUCAGUUCCAACAUUAAAACAUCUCUGCAGGCUCGUUAUCAAUGUGUCAGUUGAGAAAACGGAGGCAGAGACCCCUCUUCAUUAUUCCAUACGAAAAUUACCACUUCCACCUUUUCUCAAAGACUAUGUCAGUUCCUAUCCAUUUGUUAUUUAAGUGAGCCAAUGGUAACACACACAGAAUUGAAUAUCUUAUGAAAUCGAAAUUAAAGCAACUUGCUAUCAACUUAUUUAUUGCAAAUAUUUAUGACUUAAAAAAACUCAUGAGAUUUUUUUUCAAUCAAAAAGAAUCAAAAUGUUAAAAUCUUUUAAUUAAUAAUUCAAACUGUCUCCAAGAAUUAAAUAAGGUUUUGGAGGCUACAGGUACUGUAAGGUCUUUAGUAAUAUUUUCAAAAGGGAGGAAAGAAAAAAACUAAAUAUACUUUAACCAGGUUAACGUUGAAAUAAAAGCGCUUCUUUUAGCCAUAAAUAUAUUUAA